AUGGAAAAGAAACCGCAGUUCGUUAGGAGGGAGUUUCCUCCCAGGGAGGCGUCGUCCGUCUCGUUGGCUUUACUGCUUGCGGCCGUCCUGAUCCUUAAUGCCCUUCUCUACCUGUACCUCAACAAGUUUUACACCCCUUUGGGUCGUGCCGAAACGGACCCCAGCCUCUGCCCUUUCGGGUAUUUCAAACUGGGAGCAGCGAAGAAUUGUUCCCCAUGGCUCUCCUGCGAAGCCAUCAAUAGGGAAGUCAGGAAACUCAAGUGUGUUGGUGAAGGCGCUGUGAAAAAGGUCUUCCUUUCUGAGUGGAAGGAAAACAAAGUGGUCCUUUCACAGCUCACCAACUCAGAGCUGAAGGAGGACUUUCUCCAUGGACUGAAGAUGCUGAAGGCUCUUCAAAGCAAGCACGUUGUCCGGCUGCUUGGCUACUGUGAGCAGCAGUUCACAAUCCUCACCGAGUACCAUCCUCUAGGCUCCCUGAGGGGCCUGAACGAAACUCUUCACAUCCCCAAGUACAAGGGCAUGAACACCUGGCAUCGCAGGUUGAUGCUUGCUAUAGACUAUGUGAGCAUCAUUCGGUACCUGCACAGCAGCCCUCUGGGCACCUUAGUGAUGUGCGACUCAAACGACCUGGACAAGGUCCUCUCUCAGUAUCUCCUAACAAGUGACUUUCACAUCCUGGUGAACGAUUUGGAUGCUUUGCCUCUUGUGAACAGGAGCGCUGGCAGGCUGGUGAAGUGUGGUCAUCGGGAGCUCCGCGGAGAGUUUGUAGCUCCUGAGCAGCGUUGGCCUUACGGAGAAGAGGAGCCGUUCGAGGAUGACCUCAUGCCUCCCUAUGAUGAGAAAACAGAUAUCUGGAAAAUCCCAGAUGUCUCAAAUUUUUUCUUAGGCCACGUUGAAGGAAGUGAUAUUGUGCGACUGCAUUUGUUUGACAUCCAUGCAGCGUGUAAGAUGAAGGACCCAGCUGAGAGGCCUUCUGCCCAAGAGGUCUUGGACAUCUACCGGAAAGUUUUAACUCUGCUUAUUCGGGAGGCAGCCAUGCCUGGUACUAGGGAGAUGUUAUAG